CCUUCGCUUUGAGUUCAAAUAGACAGUCCUUCCGCCAUUCUCCUCCUCGUUCUUCACCAACUUCUCUUCCUUUUUAGUUCCCUCCUUUCCCUUUCCCUUUCCCUUUCCUCUUUUUCCCCUCUUCUUCUUUAUCCAAAGCUGUCUUUUGAUACUUUGAUUGAGCAUUAAUACACACAUUACCCCACAUUCCCAAUCAUUUCUUCCUCGAGCAAAGGGCCCAAUUCUGUAGCUUCAGUCUCCUUCGUCAAAUUCAUGUUUCAUUGCAUCUUCCAAGAUACAUAUACGCGCACGCACGCACACACGUAUUUGCUGUUCUAAAGUGAUUGAGGAAACAAAUACUUGAAGAAUGGAAGGGGCCAUUGCCAUGAACGAUGAGAAAGUACAAGAGAGGUGGAUUCGGCACUACAGCAGCAGGCACCAGAUCCUGCUAGUGGGCGAGGGAAAUUUCUCAUUCGCAGCUUCCUUAGCCACUGCAUUCGGCUCUGCUCGCAACAUGGUCGCUACCUCUUUGGACUCUCGAGAGCUGGUCGAGGAGAAGCACCCAAGUGCGAGAACUAAUCUGCAGCUUCUGGAGCAGUUGGGCUGCACCAUUUUGCACCAAGUGGAUGCCACGGCGAUGAUAAGAGAUCCCCGCCUUGAUUCCAAGCUGUUCGAUAGAAUAGUUUUCAACUUCCCUCAUGCAGGGUUCACUUUCAAAGAAAGCGAUCCUUCCCAAAUUAAGUUGCACAAGAGUGUAGUAAAGGGGUUUCUUAGGAAUGCUUAUGAGAUGUUGAGAAAGAGUGGCCAAGUACACAUAACCCACAAGACGUCUCACCCAUUCAGUAAAUGGAAAGUAAAAAAAUUGGCAGAGGGUGUGGGACUGAAAUUGGCUGAGGAAGUGGAGUUCUAUUUAUAUGAAUAUCCAGGUUAUAUAAACAAGAGAGGUCACGGCAGUAGAAGCGACGAGACUUUCCCAGUUGGAGAAUGCUCUACUUUCAAGUUCUGCAAGAAAUUAAAUUAAAUCUCUUUAAUUAUUUGAUCUAUCUUUACAAGUCUUUGGGUUCUGAAUAUAUAUUGGAUACGCAAUGCAAGACAUUUAAUUGAAAACUGAAUGUUCUGAGAC